AUGUCGUCAGUCAAGUUCGAGAAGGAGACGGUCACGAAGAGCGCCGAAGGGCUCGCGGGCGCCGCCGCCGAAGCUGCGGGCAAGGGGAAGGACGACCUGCUCAAGAAUGUUGGCGAGGCCAUCACCAAGGGCGGUGGCGCGAACGGAUACCUUCAGGCGUACCUCAAGCACCUGCAAGAGAACCCUCUCCGCACCAAGAUGCUCACCUCUGGUACCCUUUCGGGUCUGCAAGAGUUUCUUGCCUCGUGGAUCGCGCAUGAUCGGAGCAAGCACGGCCACUACUUCACCUCGCGCGUUCCCAAGAUGGCCCUCUACGGCGCUUUUAUCAGUGCCCCGCUUGGCCACUUCCUGAUCAGCAUACUGCAGAAGAUCUUCCGCGGGCGCAAGAGCCUCAAGGCCAAGAUUAUGCAGAUUCUCAUCAGCAAUCUCAUAAUCUCUCCCAUCCAAAACUCGAUAUACCUUGUGUCCAUGGCUGUGAUUGCUGGCGCACGCACCUUCCACCAAGUUCGAGCUACCGUCAAGGCUGGCUUCAUGCCAGUCAUGAAGGUGAGCUGGAUCGUUUCGCCAAUUUCCCUGGCCUUCGCCCAGCAAUUCCUGCCCGAGCACACAUGGGUGCCCUUCUUCAACAUCAUUGGUUUCAUAAUCGGGACAUAUGUAAACGCACACACCAAGAAGAAGAGGCUUGCAGCCUUGAGGCGCAAGCACUACGGUGACGGCAGCGGUAGGGAUCUAGGAGGUAGGGAUCUAGGACGUGGGGAUUAUGGUAGGGCCGACCUGGGCGGUAGGAGCGUGGCUGGUGGCAGGCCUGGUGAUGAGUAUCCUGGCGGCAGGCCUGGGGAGUACCCUCCCGGCCCUCCGGGUGCCCGACGCGACUAUUAG